AUGGCAGGGAUCUCAACUGAUGUCCUCUCCAGACCAGAUGGCAUUUUGAGAAGAGAUGCUGCAGGCCAGGAAAUCCAAAACAACAGAACACCAGUAGUCAAUCUAUCAAUGACAUCCAGCAACAGUGACUUUGCCUUCAGCCUCUACAAGGAGCUGGCUUUGAAGGAUCCAGAUGAAAACAUCGUCUUCUCCCCACUCAGCAUCUCAGCUGCCUUGGCAGUCCUGUCCCUGGGAGCAAGCAACAACACUCUGCAAGAAAUUCUAGAAGGUCUCAAGUUCAAUCUCACAGAGACCCCUGAGGCAGACAUCCACCAGGGAUUUGGGAACCUUCUCCUCAUGCUCAGUCAGCCAGGGGACCAGGUGCAGAUCAGUACAGGCAAUGCCAUGUUUGUUGAAAAGCGCCUGAAGAUCCUGGCAGAGUUCAAGGAGAAGGCCAGGGCGCUGUACCAGGCUGAGGCCUCAAGUGCUGACUUCCAGCAGCCUCAUGAGGCCAAAAAGCUCAUCAAUGACUAUGUGAGGAAUCAGACCCAGGAGAAGAUUAAAGAACUGAUCUCAGACCUGGAUAAAGACACAGUAAUGGUGCUGGUGAACUACAUCUACUUUAAAGGAAAAUGGAAGUUUCCCUUUGAUCCUCGUGACACAUUCGAAUCUGAGUUUCACUUGGAUAAGGACAGAUCUGUGAAGGUGCCCAUGAUGAAUAUUAAGGCCCUGAUCACACCCUACUUCCGGGAUGAGAAGCUCUCCUGCACUGUGGUUGAACUGAAGUACACAGGCAAUGCCAGCGCCCUGUUCAUCCUCCCUGACCAGGGCAGGAUGCAGCAGGUGGAAGCCAGCCUGCAACCAGAGACCCUAAGGAAGUGGAGGAACUCUCUGAGGCCCAGGAAGAUCGACGAGCUCUAUAUGCCCAAGUUCUCCAUCUCCACUGACUACAGCCUGGAGAAAAUCCUUCCACAGUUGGGCAUCAGGGAAGUCUUCUCCACACAGGCUGACCUGUCUGGGAUCACAGGGGCCAAGAACCUGAGGGUCUCUCAGGUGGUCCACAAGGCUGUGCUGGAUGUGGCUGAGACAGGAACAGAAGCAUCGGCUGCCACGGGAGUGGCUGGUGUAACCUGUUCUCUAAUUAUGAAUCCUUUGAAAGUGAAUUUCAACAGGCCAUUCCUGAUUAUUAUCUCUGAAACAAAUACCCAGAUUUCACUCUUUAUGGCCAAAGUCACAAAUCCCAAGGAAAACUAG